AUGGCAUUUCAACCCACAGCCUCAAAAAGCGCAAUGCUUGUCCCCGACUCCCCAGCUGUCAAGAGACAGAGGACAGCCACUGGAUACAACAACUCGACCUCCAACUCCCCCGCCGAUACCGGUGCCUAUAACUCGGGAGAAGACGACGGUGAUGAGCUGUUCAAGGGCUAUGUGCCGGAUACGCCGAAGCACCGUGACACCCAGCCUACAAUGCCGAUUGGAAAUGCUAUUGAGACGCAGCCUACGCAGAUACUUGGGAAGAAUGGUUACUAUGAGACUCAGCCUACGCAAAUUCUGGGGAAGAAUGGUUAUCAUGAGACUCAGCCUACGCAAAUUCUGGGGAAGAAUGGCUACUAUGAGACCCAGCCCACGCAGAUACUUGGAAAGAAUGGUUACCACGAGACUCAGCCAACUCAGAUACUCGGCACUACCGCCCAGCCACUGCUGUCGUCUCCUGCAGCUCGCAAAUCAACUAUUCAAGUCCCCGCCUCCUCUCCCUUCACGGGACGAGACCCAGACUCUCCAAAACCGAAAUCUCUCCAGAACGGCUUUUCAGCAUUGACCGAGACCAAUGCCCCUCCUCGUCCUACCCUGGCGUCAAGUAUGGCUCCCGCAGGCACUGCAUAUAAACCCCCACAGGGAAUUGUUAAGAAGCCUACUGCAACCAAGACCGUUAUCGACCUUAUCGACUCCGACGAUGAUGGACCUAAAUUCCAGGGUGGAAGCUCGGACUCUGAAGAUGCUGGAUUGGCGAAGGCCGAUAUCAAACCAUCCACUUUUGCACCCAGGAGCGCGGAGAGCUCAUUCGGCCCAACUUCGACCACGGCGAGCGGCAAAUCCAAGUUCUUUGAGAUCGUCAAAAAUGCCGCAUAUAAGCCCUCGGAUGGAAGUGCUAAGAAGCUCGCAACCCAAACUAGACCCGAGAGAGCAAGGCCAAUUGAGGAUAUUGGGAUGAAUGACCUCUCAGAUUCAAAACUCCGGGAUAAUGUCGCGAGAGUGAGAGCUGUACUUCCGCAGGUCACUGUGCUUGCAGCAGAGAACGCUCUGAGGUCUUGUAAGGGACAUCUCGACGAUGCUAUCACUCUUCUUGCUGCUGAGGAUGAUGAGCCGAUGGUUAUUUCUGACGACGAGCUCUCAGCUCUACCUGAGCUUCAGAUGAAGCGUGGUCUAAAUGCGCCAACAGUGUCUAUCAGAGAUAAAUACUCCUCGACUCAAGCUCGUCCUGGGAAAACGCCAGCUUCCAAUGAUACCGCCCCAGCGAAGCCCAAGAAGAGACUUGUUAAGGGUCGAAGACAUCCGUCAUCUCCAACCGUUCCAACCAUCUCAUCUCCUCUAAAGCCACCACCUGAUUCGCCUAGCAUGUCCGAGCAUAGUUCCGAUUCAGAUUCUGGUAUGGUCUCAGGUUCAGGAGAGGACCCUGAACUGGAUGGUCGAGUGCUCAAGUACUUGAAUACUUGUAAUGUCGAGGAACUUGUCGAACUUACCAAUAUCACGAAGGAGAUCGCUGAAAUGAUGGUCAAUGCUCGUCCUUUCAAGUCUCUAGAUGUUGCCAGAACGGUUGAGAACGCAAAGCCCCUGAAGAGCGGGAAGAAGAGCACGAGAGCUCCUAUCGGCGCGAAGAUCGUGGAUACCGCCGUAGACAUGUUCACUGGAUAUGAAGCUAUCGAUGCUCUGGUUGCAAAGUGCGAGGAGCUGGGCAAACCCCUGGCCGAGGAGAUGGGAAAGUGGGGUUUCGAUGUAUUUGGUGCCUCUAAAGAUGGCGAGCUUGAGAUGACAUCGCUGGAGGAUGAUGCUGAUUCUAUUCGCGAUUCUGGCAUUGGUUCCCCGAGCAGCGGCACCGCUUCACCUGGAAACGCUGGCGAUGACGAUAUUAGGCCAACUGCGACUUCCAGGAAGAGGGGGAACGUGACCUUCCUAAAAAAGCCGGAUUUAAUGGCUGAAGAUUGCGUACUCAAGGACUAUCAAGUUGUCGGUUUGAACUGGCUGGCCCUGAUGUAUAGACGCAAGUUGAGCUGCAUUCUAGCUGAUGAAAUGGGUCUUGGCAAGACUUGUCAGGUUAUCGCCUUCUUGUCCCACCUUGUCGAGAAUGGAAACAACGGUCCUCAUCUGGUUGUCUGUCCCGGAUCAACCUUGGAGAACUGGCUGCGAGAGUGUAACAGAUUCGCGCCUCAGUUGAUGGUUGAGCCGUACCACGGCCCUCAAAAGGAACGUGCAGAAAUGGCAGAUCAGAUUCUUUUGAACCGGGAUCGAAUCAAUAUUAUUGUGACAACAUACGACAUGGCGGCCAAGCCGGAAGACAACAAAUUCAUGCGACGCUUAAAGCCUGACGUUUGCGUGUAUGACGAAGGUCAUUACCUGAAAAACGUCAACUCUCAGAGGUACAAAGGUCUUAUUAGAAUUCCCGCCAAGUUCCGACUCCUCCUCACUGGCACGCCGUUGCAAAACAACCUCCAGGAACUGGCGGCACUGCUUGCCUUUAUCCUGCCCUCUGUUUUCGAGGAACGUGCAGAGGAUCUGAGUUAUAUCUUCAAAGCCAAGGCUACUACACGAGACAAGGACCAUGCGGCUCUUCUCUCCGCUCAGCGCAUUGCUCGAGCUAGAUCCAUGCUUACGCCCUUCGUUCUACGUCGCAAGAAAGCCCAAGUGUUGAAACACCUUCCAACCAAGACCUGCCGAGUUGAAUACUGCAACCUUCAUCCAGCUCAGAAAGAGAUAUACGACGGACUGAUUGAUAAAGCUCGCGACCGGGCCCGGAUUCGACUUGAGGGCGGCAAGAUUCCCAAAAAUGAUGAGAACAAUCCUCUUAUGCAGCUUCGCAAAGCUGCAAUCCAUCCACUGCUCUUCCGCCGACAUUUCACUGACGAGAGUAUUGAGAAAAUGGCCGAUAUCCUACGCAAAAAGGACCCUGUCAACUUUCCACCAGAGCAGAAACGUCAUUACCUUGUCGACGAGAUGCAUCUCGGCUCGGAUUUCUGGCUCCAUCAGUGGUGCCUUAACUAUCCUUCUAUUCGCUCGUUCGAUAUCCAAGAUCUACGAUGGAUGGAUUCGGGCAAAGUCGACGCGAUGAUCAAUCUUGUGAAAUCCUACAAAGAGAAUGGCGACCGCGUACUAAUAUUCUCUCAAUUUUCCCUCGUCCUUGAUAUCCUCGAAGCAGUACUAAACUCCUCCUUGAUCUCCUUCACGCGCAUCGACGGCUCCACCAAGAUCGACGAACGCCAAUCCCUCAUCGAUACCUACCGCGACGACGAAAGCAUCACCGCCUUCCUCCUCACCACCAAAGCUGGCGGCACGGGUAUUAAUCUCAUGUACGCUAAUAAAGUCAUUAUAUUUGACGGCAGCUUCAAUCCACAGGAUGAUCGGCAGGCGGAGAAUCGCGCGCAUCGUGUAGGCCAGACACGUGAUGUGGAGGUUGUGAGAUUGGUUACAAAGGGUACAAUUGAGGAGCAGAUCUAUGCGCUGGGCCAGAGUAAACUGGCGCUUGAUGGCCGUGUCUCCGGAGACGAUGACGCUGCAAUGGCGGAUGCUGGCGAGAAGGCUGUUGCUAAAAUGUUGCUUGAGGCGACCAAUGUUGACGAUAACGAUGAAGCGAAGAAUACCGCAGAGGAGAAGCCCGAACCUGUCCCUGUCAAGAACAGCGAGCCGGAGAAGAAGAAAGAGACUAAGAAGAAGCUCCCCGAGAGGAAGAGGUCUACUAUCCUAGACAUGGUGACGAAGAAGAGGACGAGGGGAGCGACAGAUGAUUAG